UGGGGUAAGAAAAUAAGACAAGCUUGGUUGGGUCUGUCUAUUUGAAGUCUAGUGGUCACUCUCAGACAGAUACACAUAGAUGUUCAGCCUCUUCUUCUUACAGGGUUUUCAGACUGCAAAUAUCUUCUUUGAAAAAAAGAAAACCAGCUUUGACAAAUUUUAGGUUGCUGUUUGUCUCCUCUAUAUCUAUUUUCAAGUUUCCUUGAUUCAAAACUGAAAGCUACAACUCUUUCUUUUGGUUGUUUAGGAUUGAUUUUUGUAAAAGGCUUCAUAUUUCUUAUUAUUAUCUUCGUCCUCCAGUUCCAAUAUAUUUGUGUGAAAACAGAAAAGAAGAAGAAGAAGAAAAUAUCCUUCCUUUUUUUGUCUUGUUUCAAAGUUUAACCAACCACCCUUUUCGCCACUUCACAAACUUUAUCAGCUUUUCAAUUCCUUGAAGAAGAAGAAGAAGAAAGCCUCAAAAUUCAACCCAUAUUCUCCAUAGAAACGAAACUUUAUCUUCAAAUUCAAUCAAGCAGCGAGGGCUUGAGGUGUGGAGGAGUAUUUAAAAUGCAAGACCCAAUGGGCUUUCACCAAAUGAAAGCGCCGGCUUUUCAAGAGCAAGAGCAGCAGCAGCUGAAAUGCCCCCGCUGUGACUCAACCAACACCAAAUUCUGUUACUACAACAACUAUAACUUGUCUCAGCCCCGCCAUUUCUGCAAGAACUGCCGCCGUUACUGGACUAAAGGCGGCGCCCUCCGUAACAUACCCGUCGGUGGCGGCACCCGUAAGGGCACCAAACGCUCCUCCUCCUCCUCCACCAACAACCCUAAGCGCCAGCCCAACCCCUCUCCAGACCCCACCCCAAACCAAAAAAUCCCUGAUCCCUCUCCGCCGCCGCCGACAUCAUCAUCAUCGUCGAUGUUUCCCCAGCAGAUUGUUUUGAGCUCGGGGGCUCAGAAUUCGGACUUGGAUAUCGACUCGACCCGGAUGUAUCUGUUGCCGGUUGAUCAUCAAGAUGGGAAGAUGAUGGAUAUCGGCGGGAGCUUCAGCUCGCUGUUGGCUUCGACUGGGCAGUUUGGAAACCUUCUAGAAGGGUUUAAUUCAAAUGGGUCGGGUUUAAAAACGCUGAAUCAUUUUGGAGGGAAUUUGGAUUCGGGUUGUGAAAUGGAUCAGAGUUCGGGUGGGGACCCGCGAUUCGGAGAGAGCAGUAAAAACGGAGAGAGUUAUUUGGAUGCACAGGGCGGUAGGGAUACAAGUUGUUGGAGUGGCGAUAGCAAUGGCUGGCCAGAUCUUUCUAUUUACACUCCAGGUUCAAGUUUUCGGAGAUAGAAAUUACAUUCGACUAUUUUAAAAUUUGAUAAAUAAAUUAAAUCUUUAUUGUACUCACACACAGAUUUUCAUAUUUAAUUUGUGCACCAAUAAAAAGUUUACUUUGUUAAAA